AUGGUCAAGGGGACUUCUUUUGAAACCCCUUUGCUGAGGGUAAGCCGACCAGUUUCGGCAUGCUCAAGAUGUCGAGCGGCGAAGAUCAAAUGUGAUGGCAAAUUGCCCGCGUGUUCGGCGUGUGAGCGGUCGGGAAAGGCAAAUGAAUGCUCCAGUGCGAAUGAUCAAUUUGCCAAAGGAAAAGAAAGAAGUUAUGUUGCAUCUCUCGAGACCCGUGUGGAGAAAUUGGAAAAGAGACUUGCUCAAGCUCGCCAGCGGGCGUCUGCGGCAGGAACGCAUGACUCCUCAUCUUACUCUGUACCAAAUAAUAUGUUGGCCGGGUCCAUAUAUCAAUCAAGAGGUGGACGAGCGGCUCAGCGAAAAGAAGCUUCUGACGUGGAUGAUCUAGUUUCUGGUUUUGGAUUUCUAGCUGUCAACGCCACCGCCCGAGACUAUUAUGGCUUCAACUCCGCCAUGACAUAUGCUCGUCUAGUUCUGUCUGCCUCCACGGUAGAGGAGCUACCGUCCAUAUCGAUGAAGCCACUACCUCCACGCUAUGAGACGUCGAAAUUAUUUCAGCAUUAUAUGGAUAAUAUCCAUUCCUUUUUGCCCGUCAUCUCAGAAACCUCAUUGUAUGGAUCGAUAGAUGCAGUAUAUGGCGGUGCUAGUCGCCGGCCUUCGGCCCUGGACCGGUGGACCGUCCGCAUGGUUCUCGCCAUCGCUGAAGCAUCUCUGAGCCAUGAGCGGGGAGAUGCACAUUAUCAAAGUGCUACUUCCCAUGCAGCUGCGGCCCUAGAAAAUCAAGAGCGUGUUUUACACCCUGGACAAGUAUCGGGUAUUCAAGCCAUCUUGCUCCUAGUUCAAUAUAGUAUCUUGGACCCGCAUCAUUUUGAUAGCUGGUACCUCAUUGGAAUGGCAUCCCGUGCGAUGGUCGACUUAGGCUUGCACCAAGAUCCACAAACUGAACGACGUUCUGAUAAGGUUCAGUUAGACAUGCGACAGCGAGUUUACUACUGCGUUUUAUCUUUAGAUAGGUCAAUCAGCAUGGUCCAUGCUCGUGCAUGUUCCUUCUCUGAUGAAUCAACAAAAGUCGCUCUCCCAUCAUCACCUGGCGAUCGCUCACGUUCGCAUAGCCCAAAUGUUGAAUCGGCCUUUCUGCCCUCCUUGGAUCAAGCUUUUAAUCUGUUCCGUGUGCGGCUAAUUCAAUCUGCAUGCUAUUCAGAGCUUUUCUGGUCUGGCAGGACGCCACUCUCUGAUCCGUCUACUUAUAUAUGUCGUGCUCGCCGGGAAUUAAAACACUGGUUUGAGCUGGUUCCUCCGGCUGCGCCUAGACAUAUCAAGAGAUACUUCGAAGUUGAGCUCCUCUUUAGCUAUAUCUACUUUGUUGCACUGUCGGCGAGAAUCCCAAAACUACCGGAAAAGGAAAAUACGUUUCUCUUUGAGAACUGUAUCGAGUAUGCGGCAAGGAUGUGUCCGACAGUGGAGGACGAAACCCAGUAUUUUCUGUAUACAUUCCACGAUGCUCUUCGAGCCUACGCAAUAGGCAGGCAGUUCUUGCAUCUUCUAUGGCAAACCCGAGACCAGCUUCUGGAUACAAGAAGCGCAGACUUAUGCUCUCCUUACUUUACUCAUCCUCGCCUUACCUAUUUCAGCAGGACGCACAGUGUUACGAGAGCAAUUAUGUGCAUUGAGCAAAUCCGACAAAUUCUAACACUCUUUGGUGUCAGAUUUGAUUAUUUGGCUUUGCGAGAUAGCUUUAUUAGAGAGUCAACCUCCACUCUCGACAAGUUAUACGCGAAACAAAACGAGCUUUCGAAGAGGGGUCACAAUGCACCACUCCAAGAUUCAGAGCUUCUUUUCAAAUUAUAUCAGGAUUGGGAAGACUCCGACCUUGUGCUUCUCCCGGGUAUGUCGUUCGGCUUCCAACAUCCGGAGACGUUUGGUCACCCCUGA